AUGGCCCUCAAGUCCAUCCGUGCCGCACUUGGCGGUCAGCCCGUUGUCGAGAAGAGCAACGAGCGCGCCCAGGAUGAGGAGGUGACCGCCCAGAGCGGCGUUGCCAACCCCGCUGCCAAUAACAAUGAGAAGACAGACAAGGAUGUCAACGACCAGGAGGCUGACAGCGACCUCGACGGCACCGGUGGCAAGCCGAUUGAGCACGGUGUCGAGGCCGCCCGGGCCGUGACCCAGGUCUGGAGCAUGCCGCAGCUGAUCCUCGCCUACAUUUUAAUAUGGGUCAUUGCUUUCGUCCAGGCUUUCUCGCAGGGCAUGAUCACCACCUUGACGCCCUACGUGACCAGCAACUUCGGCGAGCACUCCUUGACCUCCACCGUCCUGAUCGUCUCCAGCCUUGUCUCUGGCCUGAUCAAGCUGCCCUACGCCAAGCUUAUGAACAUCUGGGGUCGCCCUCAGGCCUUCGGCAUCGUCAUCAUCUUCAUGACCAUGGGCCUCAUCAUGAUGGCAGGCUGCAACAGUGUCACAACCUAUGCUGCUGCGCAGGUCUUCUACAGCGUCGGCUACAGCACCAUUGACUUCACCAACACUAUCUUUAUCGCUGACACAUCGUCUCUAAAGAGCCGAGCAUUCAUGAUUGCUUUCUCUGCCUCCCCCUGGAUGGCCACCGUCUGGGCCUAUGGUCCUGCCGUCCAGAGCGUGCUCAAUACGAUUGGCUUCCGCUGGGGUAUUGGCAUCUGGGCCAUCGUUUACCCCGUCGUCACUCUGCCGCUCUUCGGCCUGUUCUACUUCAACCAGAAGAAGGCUGAGAAGCGAGGCCUGAUCAGCAAGACUCCCAGCGGCCGCACUCUCGGCCAGUCGGUCUGGCACUAUCUCAUCGAAUUCGAUGUCGUCGGCAUCCUGCUGAUCGCCGGUGGCCUCGCCCUCUUCCUGCUCGGAUUCGCCCUGUACUCCUACCAGUCCGACACCUGGAGGUCGCCUAUGAUCAUCUGCUUCCUCAUCUUCGGCGGUCUGCUUGUCGUCGCUUUCGUCUUCUGGGAGCGCUUCUUCGCCCCCGUCACCUUCAUCCCCUGGUACCUGAUGAAGAACCGCACCGUCUUCUUCACCUACACCAUGGUGGCCAGCAUCUACACCUCCUGGUACAUCUGGGACAACUACUUCUACUCGAUCCUCAUCGUCGUCUUCCGCCAGUCGGUGACCCACGCCACGUACAUCACCCAGAUCUACACCGUCGGCUCAUGCUUCUGCUCCCUGAUCAUGGGCGUCAUCAUCCGCUUCAACGGCCGGCUCAAGUGGCUGGCGCUGUACUUUGGCGUGCCCCUGACCGUCCUCGGCGUCGGCCUCAUGAUCCACUUCCGCCAGCCCGGCGUCAACAUCGGCUACAUCGUCAUGUGCCAGAUCUUCAUCGCCUUUGGCGGCGGCAUCCUCGUCAUCUGCGAGCAGAUGACCGUCAUGGCCGUGUCCCUGCACCAGGACAUCCCGCAGGUCCUCGCCGUCGAGACCGCCAUCGCCAACGUCGGCGGCUCCAUCGGCUCGGCCAUCGCUGCCGCCCUGUGGACGGGCAUCUUCCCCGUCAAGCUGGCCAAGUACCUGCCCGCCGAGUCCCAGGCCGACUUUACGAGCAUCUACGGCUCUCUCGACGUCCAGGCCUCGUACCCCGAUGGCUCGGCCACUCGUGAUGCCAUCACUCGCUCGUAUGGUGACACCCAGAGGAUUAUGCUCAUCACCGCAACGUCUCUGUACUCGAUCAGUAUCUUCUCGGUGCUCAUGUGGAAGGACAUCAACGUCAAGAAGAUCAAGCAGGUCAAGGGGCUGGUCUGGUAA